AUGGCCUGUCGGGCCACGCCAGAACUCGGCGGGAGCCCUGCGUUGGGGCCUAACGAAGGCUCGAGGGCCACUGACGGCUCGAGGGCCUGGGCAGGCCCUUCCGCGGGCGGCGUCGAACCAGGAAACGCUUGCAAACGGUCGCACAGGGGCGCCGUCAAACUUGCGUUGGUGGGAGGGCUGAGGUCGGGCGAGAAGGAAGCUGAGCUCUGCCCCACGACGGGGACGUCAUCGCCGUCGGCCGGCCGGGGCCGCCACUGGUCAGAGGGUGGGCAGCGUGACGCCGAUCGGCCGCACACGCUGUGCGUCUACCCCGGGGCGCUCGCCACGGACACGGUGGCCUGGCCCGUGGCGGCGACCCAAGACACGACAGCGGACGCCAUCAUCGAGGUGCUGACCCGCAAGCUCAGCCUGGAUCCGACCAAGCGCUACGUCCUUGCAGAGGUGCGCGAGUCCGGCGGGGAGGAGUGGAUCCUGGACGCGUCGGAGCGCCCCGUGCGUCGCAUGAUGCUGUGGCCACGCUCCGCCCUCCGCGAUCGCCGCCCCUGCUGCUCCCCGCGCAGCAGCCGCCGUCGUCGUCGUCACCGGCGCCGCCAUCGCCGCCGACGUAUUUUUCGGAGUCGCCGCUGCCGCCCUCUUCCGCCGCUGUCGCCGCGCGCGCUCUCGUCGUCUGACUACCGUUUCCUGCUGCGCGAGCAAAACGUGGACGGCUCGAUCCAGUACGACAGCACGCACGCGUGGGUGCAGAGGGCAAGGAAGGAGCGGCAGAUGGUGGCGCGCGGGUUCCUGCCGCAACGCUACCAGGACGGCGACCUCGACGACCUGUGCUGCCUGCCGGAGCUCAGCGAGGCGGCCAUCCUGAGCGCGUUGCGGGCUCGCUACGGCCGGGGACGCAUCUACACUUACGCGGGCAGCAUCCUCGUGGCCAUAAACCCCUUCCGCUUCCUGCCCAUCUACAACCCGCGCUUCGUGCAGCUGUACGAUGGGCGGCGGCUGGGGGAGCUGGAGCCGCACAUCUUCGCGGUGGCGGACGCGGCGUACCACGCGAUGCUGCGUGAGAGGGUCCACCAGUGCCUCGUCAUCUCCGGGGAGAGCGGCUCGGGCAAGACGCAGAGCACCAACUUCCUGAUCCACCACCUGACGGCGUUGAGCCAGCGCGGCUACACGAGCGGGGUCGAGCGGACCAUCCUGGGAGCCGGGCCCGUCCUCGAGGCGUUCGGGAACGCAAAGACCGCUCACAACGACAACUCCAGCCGCUUCGGAAAAUUCAUCCAAGUCAACUACAGAGAGAAUGGAACCGUGCGCGGAGCCAUAAUGGAGAAAUACCUACUGGAAAAGUCACGCCUCGUGUCGCAGGAGAAGAACGAAAGGAAUUACCACGUGUUUUACUAUCUGUUGGAGGGAACAACCGAGGAGGAGAGGGAAUUCUUACACCUCCUGCCGCCUUCGCACUACAAUUACCUCAACCAGACUGACAUCAACCGAGUGGAGGGGGAAGACUUGAAGCACGACUUUGAGAGACUCAAGCUGGCAAUGGAAAUGGUCGGGUUCCUUCCCAAGACUCGCGUGCAGAUUUUUACAGUCCUCUCUGCCGUCCUGAGUUUGGGAAACGUGUCGUUUCGCGGGAAGACGUGUCGGGAUGACACGGUGGAGGUGGAAUUGGGGAGCGCCAUCUCCACUGUGUCCGAGCUGCUGCAGGUCAAGGAGAGCUCUCUGAUCGAAGCGCUGACCACUCGCAAGACGGUGGCGGUCGGGGAAAAGCUCAUCGUCCCGUUCCGUCUGUGCGAGGCCAUCACGGCGAGGGACUCGAUGGCCAAGUCGCUGUAUGUGGCUCUGUUCGAUUGGAUCUUGUUGCGUAUCAACCACGCGCUGCUCCACAAGCGAGACCUGGAGGAGAACGUGCAGUGUUUGUCAAUAGGGGUGCUCGACAUAUUUGGCUUUGAGGACUUCACUCACAGCAACAGCUUCGAGCAGUUCUGCAUCAACUUUGCCAACGAGCAACUGCAUCACUACUUCAACAAGCACAUCUUCAAGAUCGAACAGGAGGAGUACGCGAGCGAAGGCAUCGUCUGGCACAACAUCGACUACGUCGACAACCUCGGCUGUAUCCAGCUCGUGAGCAGGAAGCCCACCGGUCUCUUCCACCUGCUGGACGAAGAGUGCAACUUCCCGCAAGCAAACAGUGGAACCCUGCUCCGGAAGUUCCGGCACCAGCACGAGCGGAGCGAGUUCUUUGAGAUUCCGGCCGUGAUGGAGGCGGCGUUCAUCAUCAGACACUUUGCCGGCCGUGUGAAGUACCAGAUCAAGGAUUUCCGGGAAAAGAACACGGACCACAUGCGCGCGGACGCAAUCGCCCUGUUGCGUGGCAGCAGCAGCGUGCUGGUGCGCGCCCUCGUGAGCCUCUACCCCGUGGCGCUGCUGCGCUGGGCCGUGCUGCGUGCGCUGCUGCGCUCCGUGCGGGCGUUCCAGGCCGGGGCCACUCGCAGGGCUGGGGUCAGGUCGGUCGUCGCCGCCGCUGCCGCUGCCGCCGCGUUAUCGGGCGAUGGAGCCCGCGAUCACCGCGGCAUCGGCGUCGACGGGGGGCCUCUGUCACCCGUCUUCUGCCCGCGAGCGUCCGGCAGCUUUCUCAUGCACCCCGUGCACCAGCGGAGCCUCCAGAUUCUGCGCCGGUGCUCGCAGGAGCGCGUGGCCGAAAUCUCCCACGCAGGAGCGCCGCUCAGUUCCUCCCUACCCUGGGAUGGCGGGUGCGGGAUGCGCCGCCGAGGCUCAUGGGAUGUGUCGCGCGACGACAUCUUCGCCUGCGCGGCCUCCACGAGGCUGCGGGAGCGCACCAACAGUAUGUUCUGCCGGAAGAAUAAUUCCAAGCCCAAAAUCAACUUACCAAAGCAUCUGGUGGACAUACGCUCGCUGCAGCACGUGGUGCGUCUCUCCCAGCACGAGCGCCCGGCUCACGCCCUCCUUCAGCCUCACCCCAAGAAGAGACCUCCCAGCAUCUCCGCUCAGUUCCAGGCCUCUCUGAACAAGCUGCUGGACACCCUGAACCAGGCGCUGCCCUACUUCAUCCGCUGCCUCCGCUCCAACGACCGCAAGGACCCCAUGCGUUUCGACGAGGAGCUCGUGCUGCGGCAGCUGAGAUACACGGGCAUGCUGGAGACGGUGCGCAUUCGUCGCGCCGGCUACAGCACCAAGUACACCUUCCAGGAGUUCAAGGAGCGGUUUGGCGUUUUGAUGCCACGAGACGCGGAGCCCAGACAGGCCGACGUGGGGUCCCUGCUCCAAAGCCUCGGCCUGGAUCCCAACAACUAUCAGAUCGGACGCACCAAGGUGUUCCUCAAGGAGAGCGCUCGGCAGUUUGUGCAGGACUGCCUGCACGACGAGGUGUCGCGACGCGUCGUGCUCCUGCAGCGCCGCCUGCGCUGCCGGCGUGACCGUGCAGCCUUCCAGCGGCAAAGGAGCGCCAGCCUGCUCCUGCAGCGCGCCGUGCGAGCUUGGCUUUCCGAGCAAAGGUUUCUCCGCUGUGUUGAAUCCGGCCGCGACUUCUGGCAACAGCGCCGAGAUUCCAAGUACGGCAAUCCUGCCGUGCCCGCCGCCAUCAUAUUUCAGGCCUGCCUGGCUAAGAUGAGGCUGCGCGGUCCAUCCCGCCUCCCGUUGUGCGCGGAGGGGGAUGAGGGAGUAACCUCUGGAUACUUGGGCACCGUGUUGGUGCAACGGGUCUGGCCAGAGGGGGCGGAGAAAGCCGCCACGCAUAUUCAGGCCACGUGGCGCGGGUGGCGACUGCGGGUGGCGUAUGGCCAGCUGAGGCACGCGACUCUCAUCCUGCAGGUGUGGUGGAGAGCGAGGCAGAGCCGGGCUCGCUUUGUCCGGCUGCGAGCAGCAGUGGUCGGGCUGCAGGCACGCUGGCGCGGGCAGACGGCACGCGCGCGAUUUCGGGAGCUUCAACGGCAAGAGGCGCGGCCGUCUGCCGCCCCGCCGUGCCCCGCUCGCCCCGCUAGCCCCGUCGACUCGCGCCCGCCGACCGACACCGACCCGGCGGCAGCCGUCCUCUCGGCCGGAGGCCGCCACCCUGGCGACCGGCGUUCGGGGAGCGCCGCCGCGGGGUUUGACGCGGGAUCGGGAGGCUCGACGGAAUCCGACGGAAUUGGCGGAGGACGCGAGGCCGCCGAGGCUGCGUCGCGGGACGACGGCGGCGACCGGCGGCCACCGGUGGCGGAGGAAGAAAGCGGGACGAGUCUUGUGGUCGCGCGACACGUGACGGACGACAACGAAACCGUCCUUGCAGAGGAGUCGCGAGGCGUCGAUGCUGCUGCUGCUGUUGUUGGCGAUGAGGAUGUCGCCGGUGGUGGGAAUGGUUGUGAACGUCAUCGUGGUGUUGAGAAUGAACUUGACGAUAUGAAGGAGGAGGAGGUCGAGGAUCAUGCGAAGGGGGUGGUGUUGAACGAGGGACAGGAAACUGUGUACAGGCGACAUGCAGACGACGAUGAGGACCAUGAUGAUGAUGGUGUCCUCCUAGGAGACACAUCAGUAGACACUGUCUCGAUGGAUGAGACAUGUCCCAAUCCUGUCGAGGCUGGCGAGGCAGACGACAGCCCUGUCUCUCUUUGCAAGACGAUGGACAACUUUGUCUCCAUUCUUGAAAGCAUGAGCGAUGCUGUCACAGCUCGUGAGACAGCAGCUGGGCUUGUGUCUCUUCCUGAGACGACGGACAAACCUGUCUCCCCAUACAAGGAACCUAAUGACAUUGCCACCCGUACCGAGACGGUAAACAAUGUUGUCUCUGCCCAUAAGGAUGAUUUUGUCUUCACCAACGAGACAGCAGACAUUUCUCUCUGUCCCAGUGAGACACCAGACCAACCUGCCUUUGUGCCUGAGACACUGGACGGUUCUGUCUACCCCAAGGAGACACAAGACCAACCUGUCUGUCUCCAUAAAACGCCGGAUCGUGCUGCAUCUCCAAACAGAACGCCAGACGGUUCGUGCUCCCAUCCCGAGAUGACGAUGGAAGUCCUCGUCUCUCCCGGCGAGGACCCACACGGCUGUGUCUUCCACCACGAGGCACCGGGCAGUCCUGCCUGCCGCCGCAAGGCGACUGACGGCCCCCUCUCCCAUCAAGAGGCAAUGGAGGUCAUCGCGUCCCCCAACGAUGCGGCGGACGACACCCUUGCUCGCCUUGAGACCGCGGACGACGCUCUCUUCCGGCCCAACUUAACGCCGGUCGACUCGUUCACCCGCCGCGAGACCACAGACCUCUCGCUCUCGCCUCGUGACACGACGGGCGUCCCCGUCUCCUGCUGCGUGGUGGCCGCCCGCCGCGUCUCCCCGCCCGCGACGCCGGACGGGAAGGCCCCGGCGGCCGAGACGCCGCGCGUCCCCUCGUCGCUGCCGGACGACUACCUCCACCGCCUGCUCGACACGCUGGGCGAGGGCGACUGCGGGGAGCUGCUGCGCGAGAUCGCCCAGAACCUCUACAAGAGGGAUGGGGAGGAGGAGGAGGACGACGACGAGGACGAGGACGACGAUCGGGACGACGACGGCGGCGGCGACGACAUGGACGCAGACGCUGAGGAAGGCGGCGGGGCCGCCGACGGCUGCGACGGCGGACGGCGGGCAGAGCGGCGGAGCGGCGCGGCGAAGGGACGGCCGGAGUUCGUCGAGCGGCGGACGAGGUGGGCGGGACGCCCCAAGUUCGCGCCGCCCGCCAAGCCCGGCGCCGGCGCCGGCGUGUCGGCAGCGGGCACUUCGCUCGCGUAUGGGAGCCAAAAGACGACGACAACCCCACCACCGUCGCCACCACCAUCGUCACCACCAGCGGCGGCGGCGGCAAAGGAAGCAGCCGAAUCGCGAGUGCCGUGGUCUCGGCGCUCGGUUCAAACGAAGUUGACGGCGGAGGAGGUGGACACCCUGGUCCGCAUGAUCGUCAUCAAGCAGGAGAACCUCGAGUCGGAGGGGCGAGCCCAUCACAUUCCCGGGCUGCAGCUGCAGCACUUCAACCUGCCGCUGGGAGAGAAGAGGCUCAGGGCUUUCGGGCCGGGCGCCUCGACGGGCAGCGGCGGGAUGCACGGCUCGGCCGGCAGGGUGCACUUGAGGCGUCUGCGCAACUUCCUGAGCAACAAGCGGGUGGCCGACAAGAAGACGUCACACGAUCGUCCCGCCGGUGCCCCGUCCACCACCACCACCACCACGACCUGGCGGUGGUCGCAAGUCGGCAGCGUCGCCAUCCGGGAGAAAGAGAGCAAGGGCCAUGAAGAACCGUCCGAUGUGGAGAUCCCAGCGUUCUGUGGGCUCCCACCGUCUUCGAGCCGUUCGGUGGGAAAGGCGGAGAGGUCCGAGCGGAGGGAGCGGGCGGCCACGGAGCCUCCGAGUUCCCCAUCGCAGCCCGACACCCCCCUGUCGAGGAAGCGGAGCAUCCGCUUGGCGCGAGAGGCACCGGGAGGAGCGCAGGGGCAGUGGAACAACAGCACGGGGAAGGUGGCCGUGCGAUCGGGCGAACUGCAGCGACUCGAUGGCUUCCUCUUGCACAAGAUCAGCGAUCUCCUCGUGGAUCCCUCCCAAGACUCGGAGGCGGACGUUCUCUUCAAGAACGCUCUCAAGGAUUUCCGUGGCAACGUCCAGAGCCUCUACUCGGCAUCCCUGCGAACGGAGGUGACGGCGUUGACCUACAAGGACCUGGUGGACAACUUCACCCGGGUGCUGGAGAAAGGGGUCCCCUCGGGGGCCGUGCGACGGACAACCAAGAGGGCGGCUCGUGGGAUGAAGGGGAACGUGGGGGGCACGGGGGGCACUGGGGGCACGGGGCGCCCGUGCCUGCCCGUGACGAUGGGCGUGAACACCAUGCAGGUGUUGAUCGACGAGUUUGUGAGAGAGGCGGCGCGGGAGGAGGAGGCCCUCAACAGCAAGGUGGCCAGACUUGACAAGAAGAAACGGAAAAAGAAGGAAAUGGAAAAUGCGGAGGAGAGACUGGGCCACGCGUUCCGGAGCGUCCAGUUCAACAUCCCAACGUCGUGCGAGCAGUGCGGAGCGUUCAUGUGGAUGAUGGACCGAGGAUACGUGUGCAAGUUGUGCAAAUACACGUGCCACAGGCGGUGCUGCGAAAGAGUCCUCAUGCCCUGCCCGGGCUCCUUCCUCUCCGGACGCAGGUACGAGCCUCACGUUCUGGACGGCAGUGCCCGGCCGCUGACGCUGGCCUCGUACGGCGGCCGCCACUUCGGCGUGCCGCUGACGCUGCUCGCGUCUCCGUCGCGCGCCGUGCCCGAGGUGCUGGAGCGGCUCGUGAGGCACGUGGAGACGCAGGGCCUCUACUGCGAGGGCGUCUACCGCAAGUCCGGCUCCGCCAACCGCGCCCGUCGCCUUCGCAGCGAGCUGGAGGCCGAUGUGAACGGCGCGUCCCUGGAAGGCUACCAAGUCCACGUGGUGACGGGCGUCCUCAAGCAGUGGCUCCGCGAGCUGCCCGAGCCGUUGUUCACCUACGAGUACUACCACGACUUCCUGCGCGCCGUCGAGCUCCCGGACAAGAGAGAGCAGGUCCGAUGCGUCUACUCGGUUAUUGAUAAACUCCCACAGCCUCACCACAGCGCCCUGCAGAGGCUCAUUUUCCACCUUGUUCGGGUCGCGCAGCAGGAGGAGACGAACCGCAUGUCGGCGUCGGCGUUGGCCAUCGUGUUCGCGCCGUGCGUGCUGCGCGGCAGAGACGGCAGGGACCCGCUGCUCGGCAUGCGGGAGGUCGCGCACGCCACCGCCUGCCUGGAGCUCAUCAUUGGGGAGCAGAUGACCCGCGUGCAGUCGAUCCUCGCCGACAUCGCGUCGCUCGACACUGCACACGAGGCAGCUUCCCACCGCUUGCUCCUGGUCCUGCAGUCCCUGGAGAGCGUCAAGGGUAAGCCGGCUGCGGAGGAUGAGGGCACGGGUGGCAGGGUUGAAGGUUUGACCCCCACGGAGGAUAUUUCGACCCUGUUCGAUCAAGACGUCACAGCCAUCCGGGACGAGGAGCGCAUCUUACGCGAGCAGCUGCAGUCCAUUCAGGAGGAACGGGAGGAGCUCUCGUACGGGAUGCUCGCCCUGGAGCCCUGCGGAUCCGACGAGGAGACGCUGGACUCCGGCGCGUCCCUGGGCACGGCCGACAGCGCCGAAAACAUCCUGCAGGGCGCUAACUUGGUGAGCUCCUCCGCCUACCCGUGGACCUCCCUCUACUCCGGCGCUCCGCUCCCCGCGCUGGCGUCCACCGCCGGCGGCUCGCUUGGCUCCGAGGCCUCUCUCUACUCCUGCUGCUCAGAUGAUGGCGCCACCGCCGGCGCCGCCACCGCCGGCGCCGCCGCCGAUCUCACACCCGCCUUCCCGGCGCGGCUCCAGCGUCACCGCGAGGCGUGCCGCGCAUCGGUGCCGCUCUGCAUUCCCACGCGCCGCGACGACCCUGUCGCCCGGGCGGUGGCGGCGGCGGCAGCAGAAUCGGCGCGCCGGCAAUCGGACCCCACGUUUGACCACGCGACGAGGGCGGACAUCCCCUUCAUUGACGACUCGUCAGAAGUGUGAAGCGACGAACGUGGAGCGUUGACGCUGCGAAGGAAGUGAAGGAGAAGCCCGUUCGCACGCCGUCGCCUUGUUUGAACGUCGCUUCGGCGGAUGCCAAGCAGUAGGUUUUUGCCGAAGGGGGAAGAGUGUCUCCCCGUUCAACCGCGCAGCGUCGAUGUUGGAAGGUUUAAAGGGCCGCGCUCGUUUCGACCCGCUACGGUGCUCGUGUUUCGUUUUGCUGUGCGGUGCUCGAAGAGGUCUUGGAAUGACUCUUUUUGAGGUCUUGGAAGUUUGGAUGCAAGCGGUUGCUGUUUGCAGAAGGAAGAAGUUUUCACUGAUUGUUGUCACCCCGUCAACCACGUGCAGCGUCUUGUCGGGACACGCUUGUUAGAACCCACGGCACUUCUCGUUUGUUUUUGCUUUGUUGUGCUGCAAAUGGGUCUUGAACCCCACCACCAGGAUACAAGCAACAGCAACUUUUCUGAAGAUCAAACAGAGAAGAUGGUCAUUGAAACCCACAGCACUCGCUUUUGCUUUUUUUCCCGCUCCACCAUUGCUGCACUUGAGUAUUUAAAUCUAUCGGAACACCUGUAUGCAAGUGGUCUCAUUUGUAGGAAAAGCCCCGGGGUCGUGCCUAUCUCCCUAGGCUGUCCCCAUUGUCUCUGUUGUAGAGUUGCUGUACCGUUCUGCAAAAAGGGUUUUGAAAUCCUUCAACAACGCGUGGAUACAAGCGGGGUCUGGGGUUCAGGAAGGAAGUGUUGCUUUUCCCCACCUGAGGCAGCUGCAUCUUCAUCAGAGCGGGUGGGAGACUCGCAGGUAAUGUUAACGUGAUAUUCUUGUUCAGACCCCAAUGAGCUUUCGCUGCCCAGUGCUGCAAACGUGUUACACGCAGACUACACCUUUCAGAAGGAAGGGUGUCUCGUUGCACAAUGUCAAAGUGCAACCGUGGACAAACUGUCGCGAGGCCAAAGCACGGUGCGUGCUCAAUCGCAUCGGUUUGCCGAGCGGUGCUGCAAAUGCUGUCCAUUGGAAAACCUGGGUGCAUACGGUCUUGGCAGAAGGAAGAGUCCCGCAGCAUCAGCAUGCUCCUGGCUGCUCCGAGGCGAAUGGUGGAAAGUUAAUCCCAAAGUUUUUGUUUUGCGCGCUGUACUGCGAAUGGGCGUUGAAAUCAACUGGAACACUUGGACUGAAGCUGGCGGUGCUAUGGGCCAUUUUCUGUAUUCUACCCAAAAUCAGCAGGCAAUACCCCCUUCGUAAAUUAGUCUGCAGAAGCUUAAAGUGCGAUUUGCUUUUCACGCAAGGGCCUAAAAAGCUUUACGUCGCCGUGCAGAGCUGCAAAAACUGCGCUUUGAAAUCCGUUGGGACACCUGGAUGCAAACGGUCAACUUGCGGAAGGCAGCGUGUUUCUCGUGCUCUGAAGCAGAGUUGAAAAUUCCGCAUCUCCAUGACCAGGGUCAUUCUCUGAAUGGCAGAGAAACUAACCUCAUGCUGGGUGUUUCUGCUGCAAGGGUGAAAUGGAACUUUUAUUUGUAUUGUUUUAUUUCAGGCUGAAUUUAACAAGCCUUUAUUUCUAUCUCAGCGGUGCAGUUCAGAUCCUCCGAUGCGUCCGCUCGAAGUUUUAAAUCCUCCCGUGCGGAUUGCCCGCGCUCGCGUGAUUAAACAUCGCAGCUUUUAGAACGUGUUCACGUGCGCAAGGGACGGCGCGCGGGACAGUCUAAUGCGGGCUGCAAAACGCUGCACUAAAAAUGCCUUCAUGUAA